AUGCCCCUCCAUCACUUGAUGAUUGGGACCUGGACCCCGCCAGGAGCCAUCUUUACGGUCGAGUUCGACGACGAGAACCUGACGCUGAAGCUGGUCAAGCGCACAGAGAUCCCACACGACGAGCCGAUAUCAUGGAUGUCAUUCGAUCAUGCCAAGAAGAAUAUUUACGGCGCCGCCAUGAAGAAGUGGUCCAGCUUUGCCGUCCGGAGCCCAACUGACAUUGUGCACGAGGCAUCACACCCCAUGAAUCAUGACCCCAAGGCGAGCAGCCCUGACACGAACACGCGCGCCAUCUUCCUGCUUGCGGCCAAGCAGCCACCCUACGCCGUCUAUGCCAACCCCUUUUACAGCCACGCCGGCUUCGGCAGCGUCUUCUCCGUCUCAGACACAGGCAAGCUCGAAACCAACAUCCAAAACUACCCGUACCAGCCCAACACGGGUAUCCACGGCAUGGUGUUCGACCCGACCGAGACGUACCUCUACUCGGCCGACCUGACGGCCAACAAGCUGUGGACGCAUCGCAAAUUGCCCUCGGGUGAGGUCGAGCUGCUCGGCAGCGUCGACGCGCCGGAUCCGGGCGACCACCCGCGCUGGGUCGCCAUGCACCCGACGGGCCAGUACCUCUACGCGCUUAUGGAGGCGGGCAACCGGCUCUGCGAGUACGUCAUCGACCCGGCGACGCACAUGCCCGUCUACACGCACCACAGCUUCCCCCUGAUCCCCCCGGGCAUCCCCGCGCGCGACAGGGAGACAGGCAAGGGCCUCUACCGCGCCGACGUGGUCGCGCUGACGUCCAGCGGCAAGUACAUGUUUGCGUCCUCGCGUGCCAACAGGUUUGACCUGCAGGGCUACGUGGCCGCCUUCAAGCUGCGCGACUGCGGCAGCAUCGAGCGUCAGAUCUGCCUGAACCCCACCCCGACCAGCGGCGGCCACAGCAACGCCGUGUCGCCGUGCGACUGGAGCGACGAGUGGAUGGCCAUCACGGAUGACCAGGAGGGCUGGCUCGAGAUGUACCGCUGGAAAGAUGAGUUCCUGCACCGCGUCGCGCGGGUGCGGAUCCCCGAACCUGGGUUUGGUAUGAAUGCGAUCUGGUAUGACUGA